GAGCCCCCUCCAGCGCCUCGGUUUGUGGUCUGCCGAGAGCCGCUCCGCGGGAGGAUGCCUGCGGACCCCCAGAGCCGCCCCGCGGCCCAGCCCAGGCUUGAAUCGCCCACAGUGCGGCCCGUACUGACGCUCCCGCCGGGCCACCGGCGCUGCCCGGCCACGGCGCAGCCUCCUCCCGCCCCGCUGCUCCUCCCUCCCGCCCUCAGAGGCUCGCCCGGCCCCACCGCCGCCGCGCAGAGAAGCCGCCGCGCAGCUACGGUGCCGCGAGCGGUCCCGGCUGCCCCCGGUAGCGAUGAGGCCGCGGGGCAGGCUGUGCCUCCCGCUGCUGGCCGGCCUGGCGGUGGCCAUCGCCCUGGCGGAGGCCGCGACCUUUUUAUCCCAGCAGUAUGCCUCUCAGUUCCUGGUGAGGAAACGACGAGCAAAUUCUUUUAUGGAGGAAAGUAAGAAGGGAAAUCUAGAAAGAGAGUGCAUUGAAGAAUUAUGCAAUAAGGAAGAAGCCAGGGAAAUCUUUGAAAAUAAUCCUGAAACUGAGUAUUUUUAUCCCAAAUAUUUAAGCUGCCUUGCCUCCUAUCGAGCAGGGAUUUUCAGGGUUACUGCAGUUACUCCAGAUUCUCCAGCUGACCUGAGGGCUUGUGUCAAUGAGAUUUCAAAUCAGUGUAGCCCUCUGCCGUGCCAUAAAGAUGGAUAUAAGGAUUGCAUAGAUGGACAAGCCAAAUAUACAUGUGUAUGUAAACUGGGAUGGCAAGGAGAAAAAUGUGAAGAAGAUAUAAAUGAAUGUGAAGACUCAAACGGAGGUUGUAGCCAACGCUGUUCUAAUUUACCUGGAAGCUACCGUUGUUUAUGUGAAGAUGGCUAUUUCAUGCACACAAAUAAACGGGAUUGUGGAGAUAUAAAUGAAUGUGUGUUGGAUCCAAACAUCUGUGGGACAGCUGUCUGUAAAAACACCCUGGGGAAAUACGAAUGUGAAUGUGCAGAAGGCUACACAUAUAACUCAACUUCCAAGAACUGUGAAGAUAUUGAUGAAUGUGUGGAAAAUAUUUGUGCUCAACUCUGUGUUAACUCUCCAGGAAGUUAUAGCUGCUAUUGUGAUGGCAAGAAAGGGUUCAAGCUCUCUAAGGACAUGAAAAGUUGUGAGGCUGUUACUGCAUGUACCCCACUGAACCUUGAAAAGAAUUAUGAACUGCUUUACCUGGCAGAACAAUUUAUAGGAAUUCCUGUUCUGUACUUGAAGUUUAAAUUGCCAAAUGUCACGAGGUUUACAGCAGAAUUUGAUUUCCGGACAUAUGAUGCAGAGGGAGUUAUACUAUAUGCAGAAUCCUUUGACAGUACAGCAUGGAUCUUGCUUGCUCUUCGUGAUGGGAAGAUUGAAAUUCAAUUCAAGAAUGAAUUUGGAACAAAAGUCACCAGUGGAGGCAAAGCCAUUAAUGAUGGACUGUGGCAUAUAAUAUCAGUUGAAGAACUGGAACACAGCAUCAGUGUAAAAAUAGCUAAAGAAGCAGUCAUGAGUAUUAACAGCCCAGGAACUCUUUUUAAACAGUCACAGGGUUUCUUGGAAACUAAGGUGUACAUUGCAGGAUUACCUCGCAAAGUGGGCAGCACUCUUGUUAAACAGAUUAACCCUCGGCUAGAUGGGUGCAUUCGUGCCUGGAACCUGAUGAAUCAGGGACAUUCAGGUGUAAAAGAAGUUAUUCAAGAAAAACAAAGCAAACACUGUUUAGUAGCAGUGGGGAGAGGAUCCUUCUACCCUGGCACUGGAAUGGCAAUGUUUCAGAUAAACUAUAAUAAUCUUGACAGUUCUGAAGAUUGGCUAAUAAAUGUGACUAUGACUAUUCGCCCAUCCACAGACACUGGUGUUAUGUUUGCCUUGGUUUCUAAUGAAACAGUGCCUCUUGCUUUGUCCAUAGUGGACUCUAACUCCUCUGACUCACAGAAAAUCAUUGUGACAAUCGGAAACAUCACUGUUGCGCAUCUGGAAUCAAAGAAGUUAUGUACACCCAGAAGAGUGCUGGUUGGGCUUCUAGUAACCAGACAGCAACUUGAACUGUCUGUUGAUUCACACACAGACAGAAGCAAUUCAGAGCAACUGUCGAUCCUGCAUCAAGCAAUGAUGGCAAAUGUUGUUACCUACUUGGGCGGCCUGCCAGAUGUUCCUCUGGGUGCUACGUUAGUAACCGCGUUUUAUAAUGGCUGCAUGGAGGUGAAGGUCAACAACAGGCAGCUGGAUCUGGAUGAAGCCAUUUCGAAACACAAUGACAUUAGAUCUCACUCGUGCCCACUGAUUAUGCAGUAACCAUCCAACUCUUAAUUUAACUUCUUUUCUUUCAGAUAUAAUUUGUGUAAUUAGUCUCAUGCCAUAAUGAAGCCUGUAUUAUUUUAUUCAAGGUGUGCCAGGAAAAUAAUCAACAGCAUGGUUUUCCUCCCUCUUAUAUAGAAGGGGGCAGGGGGGGAGGAAAUCCCCUCUUUUUGGCUGUGAGAAGACACUCAAGAUCAAAAGUCUAUAAAAUGUUCUUUUAUUAAUAUCAGUGAUAAAUCUUAAAGCUAGAUUUAUCUUCCAUGUUCAUACUAUGCCCUAGAUAUAGUUUGGAGACAAAGUUCAGGAAGUUCUUUUUAGAACCAAUUUUACUUCUUAUUUUUCAUAUGUCACCACAAAGUUACAAGUUGCAAAUUUUUGUAAUGUAUUUGAAUCUAAACAAAACUAGUCUCAUGAAACUCAUGAGGUUUUCCAAGCAUAGAACAGAAUGAAAAAAUCUCUACAGGUUUUGUAAUACAGUUUUUUGUAAAGGAAAAAAUACCCCAAAAUCCAGACCCCAAGCUUUAUGUGACUAUGUUUACAAGUUAUAUCAAUAUUGGUAAAGGAACUUCAAAACUGAAAUGUUUUGUAAGUAGCUCAGGUUUUUUAGGUAGCUCUCGUUAUACUGUACUGGCUUAAGUUCUCUCUUAGGAACCCAGCUUUAUACUUUUAACAGAGUUCUGGAUCAGGUCAGGUAAUCUACUAUCAAGGUGGGUUAAAAUAGAACCCAGGGAAUCCUGGAAAACAGAGGAGAUGGCUUGGGAGAAGGAGCUCUGAUCUUCAUCACAGGACAUCAAACUGGAAGUUGCUAAGUAAAGCUGAGAAGCUGCAGCAAACAUUUCUUCCACUUAUGACAGAUCUAGCACCCCUCAAUGUGAGCACCCUCCAACUGUCCAUCGUAUCCCUUUUAUGUAGGGCAGCCUUGCAUUUACAGAGCCCUUGUGAGCCCUGUUGUGGUUGUGUUUCUGACGUACUUGAAAGCCUAAAUUUUGCUAGUAACAUCAGAAUGUAAAGCCAUAUUCUGCUCAGCCAGGUAGUUAGAAAAGUAUUGUUUUCCUCAGGUGUGCUCAUUUCAAGCACAUCUAAUAUUUCUUUAGCAUCCUUUGAGUGUUCUUUCCCCUUCCAACCUCAUUUUCACACUAGAAGCCUCCCUGUGCAGCUCACCUAGUGGUUUUGUUAACCCCAAACCAAAUAAAUAGCAAGAGAAUUGCUGUAAGCAAUGAAUAUAUACUCUCAUGCAUCCAUCAGAGAGACAUUUAUCUGCCAGGAUUCUUGACCUGAGGUUUGCUUUCUUUGCUUGAGACAUUGAAGUGGAAAUGUAUAUACAGAAGGAUGGAUUGUGACAAUAUUAAUUUUGAAGGACUGCUUUUCUUCAGAGAGAUUCCCAGUGACAUUAAUGAGGUUUCUUUCAUUGUUGAGGACUAUCAUUAGUACAUCAGUAUGGCAGAAUCUGAGCCCAUCUUUCAAAAUUAUUGCUUUGUCUGAGGUUAUUGUUAACUUCACUUCCCACUUGCGUGAUGUGAUACAGGAUUUGCUCUGACUUUCACACCAGCCAGCCCCAGUACAGCCUCCGAAUCUGCCCAGCACUGCCUCAUAGGUAGCUGCUUAGCAGCAGGAAUACCGUAGGACUGACACCAGGGACUAAUUGCCCGUGACUACUACACGGUCACUUUUCUACAUGGCACAUAAAAAAAAAAAAAAAAAGCUUUCAUUUCCUCAGACUCCUUGGAAGGGAAAUAACUGCAGGAAAGCAUCCCGCCUGCUCUCCUCCCACCACAACACACACAUUCUUCAGUUGGGCCUAAGUUGAAGAAUAACUUGACUGAAAUAAGCAGGUUUUGCAUGCGAGGUGGAGCUGAAUUGGGACUUUUGAUAUCAAAUACAUGUCGUCACUUCAUUUAUAGUAUUUCAGCAGAACCCGCUGAAUUCUAGAAAGUCCUCGGGUCAGCCUCUGCUUUGUACAACAAACACAAACAAUGAGAUGAGGAGCAUAAAGUAAAGUGUCAUCAAUACUCUAAAUGUUUAUAUUGGCCUGUGCAAACAGAAGAAAAGGUUUGGUAGGGUUUUUUUAAGAUUUUAUUUGUUUAAGUGUAAUAAAUGGUAUAGAGAUGAAAUGAAAGGAAAAAAAAAUAAUUUUCUCACACAGACACCAUUUCUGGUUUUCAUGGAAUAGUAUUUUAGGGUUUUGUAGUUAUAAUGAAACCGCUGCAUAUUUUUUAAAAUGUAAAAGUGCCUCCCUAUUGUAAGGAUUAAAUAAAGCAUCAAUUGUGAAUUUCUUUUCA